CAUGUAACUAUUUGUAGAGUUUGGUUGGAGAAAAAGCAAAGAUGAACCUUGGGCGUUGAUGUCGAUGCCCAGCUGAUCUUUUGUGUGUUUUAACGUUCACUGCCAACUUGAACGUCAAUUCUCUUUGCCACGGCACAGGUUGCAAACUCACAUUCUACCACCCAAACCACCCGACACCGUCAAAAUGUCAGACAAGACCGCCGUCCUGACCGACAAGGCCCCCAAGCCCCUCCCCGGCAUCUACAGCCAGGCCAUCAAGGCCAACGGCUUCGUUUUCGUCUCGGGUGCCGUGCCCAUGGACCCCGUGAGCAUGCAGAUUAUCGACGGCGACAUCCAGGCGCACACGCACCAAUGCAUCAAGAACCUGACCGCCAUCCUGGAGGAGGCCGGUUCCAGCAUCGAAAAGGUCGUCAAGGUCAACGUCUUCCUGUCCAACAUGGACGACUUUGCGGCCAUGAAUGAGAUUUACAUGCAGUACUGGGGCGAGGUCAAGCCAUGCCGGACAUGCGUGGCCGUCAAGACGCUGCCGCUCAACGUGGACGUCGAGAUUGAGUGCACUGCUCUGUGCUAGGUUUUGGGCAUCAUUGCUGGCAGUAAUUAGGAUUCCGUAGCAAGUCUCCAACUGAAAACAAUGAAAAAGAAAAGAUGAUCACAAGAUUUCAUAAAAACUUCACUUCUUCGUUCGCUUCUUCGUUGUUGCACUCAUUAUUCCACACGUACACCAAACUACACUAUACAGCCUACAGCUCCUUCAACGCCUCACAAAA